GAGUSUAUUGCACGGCAAGUCACCCAAGACUUCCUAGUCCCUACCCAAAAGCCGACAGACCAACGAAGUGAUAUGCUGUAAUUUGUUUAUUGGGAAAAAAGAAGAAGAAAAAAAAUGAGGGAAGAAGUAGUAAUCGUUGUGGGUGCCGGACCGGCGGGACUGGCAACCUCAGCGUGCCUGAACCUCCACUCAGUCCCGAACAUAGUUCUGGAAAGGGAAGACUGUGUAGGUUCGCUAUUCAGGAACAAGUCUUACGAUUGCCUCCACAUUCACCUGCCCAAGCAAUACUGCGAGCUCCCCCACAUGUCAUUUCCUUCCAAUUCGCCCAUGUAUGUACCCAGGAGCGAUUUCAUCCGUUACUUGGACGACUACGCCUCUCGUUUCAAGGUGAAUCCAGUCUACCAUCGAUCCGUCGAGUCGGCCACCUUCGACCAAGCGACCCAGAAAUGGCACGUCAAGGCCAGGAAUACAGUCUCCGGCGAGACGGAGGACUACGUUUCUAGGUUUCUGGUGGUGGCGACCGGCGAGAAUUCCGACCCCUUUGUCCCGGAGAUUGAAGGGUUGGACACGUUCAAAGGAGAGCUGCUUCAUUCUACCAAAUAUAAAUCUGGGGCGAAGUUCAGCGGCAAGAGUGUUUUGGUCGUUGGUUCUGGGAACUCCGGCAUGGAAAUCGCUUUCGAUGCAGCUACUGCUGGUGCCAAGACCUCCAUUAUUGUUAGAAGCCCGCUUCACAUUCUCUCUAAGAACAUGCUGAGCCUGGGGUUGAUCUUAAGUGCGUACCUUCCCGUUGACGCGGUGGAUACAUUAAUUCUCACUCUCUGCAGGUCUCUGUACGGUGACUUGAGCAAGUACGGGCUUCGUCGGCCGGAGGAAGGUCCGUUUUACUGGACGAGGACAUACGGCAAGUAUCCAAAUACCAACGUCGGAGCCGCUCAGAUGAUCAAGUCCGGCAAGAUUCAGGUUUUGCCUUCAAUAGCAAGCAUAAAGGGUGAUGAGGUGAUCUUAACGAAUGGGAAAUUAUACCAGUUCGACGCAAUAAUAUUAGCUACGGGGUUUAAAAGAUCUACAAACAAAUGGCUCAAGGAUGAAGACCACCUACUCAACGAAGAUGGGUUUGCGGAUGGAAGCAAAAAUCCUAAUUAUUGGAAGGGAAAAAAGGGUUUGUAUUGUGCUGGACUGGCAAAAAAGGGAUUAUAUGGAUGUGGUUUUGAUGCUCAGAAAAUAGCUAAUGACAUAAAGUCAUUCUUAUAAAGCCCAGCUUCUAAGAACCAUGCUUGUAGAUGAUCAAUUAUAUUUAUCAAAUUGCAAAAUCAGGGUCGAGUUAGCAUGGCA